CUGCGUCACCCUCAGCGGCAGGUGCAACCCCGGCCGCCCCCAGCCCCUUGAAGAGCGCUCCCUGUUCCCUAGGGCCCAGGGCCUCAGCGAGGGCGCGCCGCUCCGCACCCCGCAGCUCCGGCUUCUUGUGCGCGGGGCUCGGCCAGCGCCAAGGCUGCUGCUGCCCCCGGGCGCCCCGUGCCCGCACCUGGAGGGGCAGGGAGCGCCUGACUGCGGGCAAGAGUGACCAGACCCUGCGAGGGGAGGGCGGCGAGGUGCCCGGAGGGUUCUGGAAGCGCACUGCCCCCCCGCCCCGCCACCCAGGUUUCCCGAUUGUUAAUUUGGCGAACUUUUCCGGAAGGCGGCAGCGUUUUCCUGGUUCUGGGCGACUUCCACCCGGCAGGUGCUGCCCGCUCCGGCACCCACCCCGAGUCGGGCCGCGCGGCCGCCGCUCCCGCCCCGCGCUCCCGCCCCCGGCGGCGUCUUCCCGGGGCGGGCGCCGCGGCGGGCUCAGGACUCGGCGGGGCGCGCCGCGGGCGGACUCGGCUCGGCUCGCUGCGCGCCAUGGCCCCGGACCUGCGUGGCCUCCCGCAGCGCGGCCUCUGGCUGCUUUUAGCCCAUCACCUGUUCGUGGUCACCGCCUGCCAGGACACAGACUACGGCGCCCUCUUGCAGGAGCACUGCCUCGCCCCGUUCAAGGUGGACAUGGAGGCCGUCGGCAAGACCAUGUGGUGCGACUGGGGGAAGACCAUCGAGAGCUACGGGGCGCUCACGCACUGCACGCAGCAGGUGGCGGCCCAGCUCGGCUGCUUCUGGCCCAACGCGGAGGUGGACAAGUUCUUCGUGGCCGUCCACCAGCACUACUUCCGGAGCUGCCCGGUCUCGGGCAGGGCCGUGCACGACCCGCCCAGCAGUGUCCUCUGCCCCUUCAUCGUGGUGCCCAUCGUGGUGACCCUGCUGGUGACGGCGCUGGUGGUCUGGCGGAGCAAGCGCACGGAGGGCAUCGUGUAGGCGGCCGCAGCCGCUUCCCGGGGCAGAGCUGACCCCCACCCCGCGCCCCUGCCUCCUGCUGAGAACUAACAGGGCUUGGGGGCAGUGGUGGCUCCGCGCCCCGCGGCGGGGGAGGGGGCAGUGUCCGGCUCCACGCCGCAGCCUGCUGGUAGACCACCCCCUGUUCUGCCUGCAGACAGCUCCGUGGGACGGACGGACACGCAGCCGUGCUGGGGGCGAGCAGUGGUGAUUAAAAAGGUGUUCCUGAG